CGUCACUUCACUCUACAAUUGGACUUCAUUAUCAAGAUCAGAAAACAGUUCAAGCAACAACAAAACAUAAUGUCAAACGAUACAAAACCAAUCGAUAAGCGUAAACCAACUCAAAGUGAAAUAGAAGAUGAAAGUCUUGCUGGUCAAAAAUCAAGCUUCACACUCUUUGAUCUCGAACAUCAAUUCGCUUUUUAUGGUCAAUAUCAUGUCAAUCAAGUCAACGUAGCCAUCCAUAUCAUUUGUGUUCCGAUCAUCUUCUUCACGGCUCUGAUCUUAGUCCACUAUCUACCGUUUUUCAAAAAUACCAUUCUCGAUUCUCAACCGAUCCAUCUCCCAGACUUUAUCCUUGCCACUGGUCUCUAUGGAUCUGACUCAGUCUAUGAACUCAACUUAGCUACACUCGUUUCAAUCGGCUACGCAACCUACUUCAUCAUCCUAGAUCCAAUAGCAGGUACACUAUACGCACCAAUUCUAUUAUCAUUCGGUCAAUGGUCAAACCAACUAUACCAACUAGAAAUCAUUACCAUCAAUUCAUCGAAUCCGAUCUCAGUUUAUUCAAUCUCACUCAUCACUUUUAUCUUAGGAUGGAUUUCACAAUUCAUUGGUCAUGGUAAAUUUGAAGGUAGAGCACCUGCUCUGAUAGAUAACCUUUUACAAUCUAUCGUCUUGGCUGUCUUUUUUGUGUUUAUUGAGCUUUUGUUUCUUUUGGGUUAUCGAACUUCGUUUCAAAAAAGAUUGAAAAUUAGAAUCGAUAAAGCUUUACUUGAGUUUAGAAAAUCUAAAGUACCUAAACCUUGAUUAAUCUUUGUAAUUAGCGCACGUUCGCGUUUUUUUUCAUUUGGUUCGGGUUUCAUCAUCUCAUGUUUCUUCUUCUUUUUUCUUUGAUACAUCUUGUUUUUAUAUUCAUUGUAUGCAUUGGUUUUCUUUACUUUGGUUAUUGGAUGUCCACCGCGUAAACAUCAGCUGUUCUUUUGCAAAUCAUUCUUUUCUCUGAACAUCAGAGGAUAAGAAAGAUUCUUAUGAACUACG